AUGCACAGCCUCACCGCUCAGCGCGGUCUGCUGGGCGCCCCCAAGCCCAGCGCCGCCGCAGCCGCAGCCGCCGCCGCCGCCACCACCACCACCACCACCACCACCACCACCACCACCGCAGCACCACCACGCCGCCACCACAAAGCGCUCAGGCAGCAGGCCCGCAAAAAGGACGGCGUCCUCCGCCGCGCAAUCGAGCUCUACCACCUCACGCCAAAGUUCCUCCCCACCCCGGACCCUCUGCGCCCGCUCUCGUCGUCCUCGAAUCUGUCCUCGGCGGCGGGCGAGUCGGCGGCGCCACCCUCGCAGAAGGAGUACGACGCGACGCUCGACGCCAUCCUCUUUGAGACGGUGCUCGACACGGCCGCCGUGCGGCGCACCUCGUUCAACAUCUCGCCCCGCGGCCUGGGAGACUACCACCGCGACCUCUCGAGCCAGGCCGCGCGGGUGCCCUCGUUUGGGAGCAGCAACGACCCGGCGGCCCAGAGCCAGCGCGACACCGAGGAGCUGGCCGACCAGCUCACCCAGGACACGUUCCUCACCAAGCGCGAGCGCGACGAGGCCGCCGCCCGCCAGGCCGCCCGCAGAGAGCGCGGCAACGUCCGCAACCCCGCGCCCCAGGGCAACCCGGCCGCCACCCUCGAGGACUUCACCGACGAGGACCUCGAAAUCUACCGCAGGAGGCACGACCUCGACAGCGCCACGGCCAGCUCCAGGUACUCGGGCGCGCAGCGCAUCGUCGACCUCGUCCGCAACGUGCCCGGCUCCAACGAGUGGUACAAGAACCAGGCCCUCGACACCCGCUCCGCCAGGCUGCGCGACGCCAUCUUUGGCACCGUCAAUGGCGAGCUUCCCGGCCUAGAGGUUGUCAGGGAGAGGGCGCAGCGGCUGCACCAACAGCAGCAGCAGCCCCAGCAGCAGGCGCAGCAGUCUUCAAAGCAGCAGCAGCAGGCAAAGCAACCGAAGCAGCAGCAGCAGCAGCAGCAGCAGCAGCAGCAGCAGCAGGCGAAACAGUCCAAGCAGCAGCAGCAGCAGCAGCCUGCAGCGAAGCAGAAGCAGCAGCAGAAGCCGGCUCCGACCAACGUCAAGGCGAGCGCAUAA